AUGGAUCAUCUGACGACACUGCCAAACGAGAUUCUUCACAAUAUCCUUCAAUGGAUGUCGCCGAGGGACCUUGGAUCGCUACCCCGCGUCUGCCGGGCGCUUCACGGCUUCGUGAAAGGGAACCAGAAGCUGUGCGAAGACAUUUAUCUGCACAAUUUCGACUCACCUCCAGCUAAUGAGAGGCUCGAUUGGGAGACUGAGCUUCAUGACGUCGUCAGGCUGGAGAACAUCUGCCUCCGUGACGACGUCGAAGAUAAGGCAAGUUUUGGCGAGGAUGAGCUGAGUUUUGUGUACGAGGUGGUCAACAGGAUGCUCAAGCACGCCUCUCCUGCAGGCCGUGCUGUAGAGACCUCCGACACUCAACAUGCGUCGCGGAACGCAGAUUUUCUAAAGGGCCUCUUUGAAGAUGAGCCCAACCGGGUUGCCUUUCUCCAAAAGUCGUCGUUGUUUGAAAGAGUGUACAGAUCCCAGCACCACCAGUUACCCUCUACAGUCCUGAACAAGGAACAGCGGCAGCAGAGUGCAAAGCUGCACUGCUUAUACGGCAGGCCAAUCCUCAAGACCGGAAGACUGCGGUCUGCGAGAACGUACCCUUACGCCUGCUCCAAAGUCUACGAUAUUCGAGAGUACACCGCUCGGACCCGAUGGGGUCCCUUUAUGGACGAUGGAAGCGACAAUGUGGACUGGGAGAAAGUCGAGGCCAUCCAGAUUGUCCUCGGUAACAACAUCUACGUCAAGAAGCUCACUCGGCUGUUUAGCGAUAUAUGGGAUAACCCCUUUUCGGGAUCAUGGAAGGGCAGCUUCAUCUCUGCUCCCAACCUUGAUAAGACGUCGCUAGAUGCCAUGGAUCCAUAUGGUGUAACGGGGACUUGGUACCGAAUUGUAUGUUUUCUUGACUACAACGACUUCUUCAGCUACAAUUUCACCAACCCCGAACGAGACGAAUCCCCUCUCCACACUCUUGACGUUGGCGAAGCCACCCGUCUCAUCAUCAUGAGGAUCCACGUCACCAAGAUCGAGCAACCUGGGCCGGAUUCGGAGUAUUCUUCGGAGCUGCCAAUCGUCCAUUACGAGGGCAUAUCUCGCCCGCUCGACGAUUCGUGGGAUGACAAUGCAUCCUCCGAUCUGCGAGGAACCGUCGGCUUGACCAAGGAGGGCGAGGUAAGAUGGACGUCAGUGUCCAUUUUCCAGGGUCAAGAGAGAUGGAAGAGCGAGGGGGUGCAGAUUGGUGGGCCGCGGUCUGCUCGUGGAGUGGUAGGAAAUUGGUUUGACAGAGACUACGACCCUCAUGGUCCCUGUGGUCCAUCAGCUUUCUGGAAGGCCAGCGACUCGGAGACGGCUCACGGCACGCACGCAGUUCUCCCGAGGAAUUUUCUUCUAUGGAGCGCGUUGCUCCAAAUGGAAGACUCGGACGACCCGGAAGGCGACAUGGACAUCUCGCAUUCGAUGAGAACCUCCAUCCCCACGGGCGCGGGCCGCAUGUAG